UCUCUCUCUCUAUAUUUAUUUAUAAAAGCAAAGUCUUUUCUGACUUUCUCUUCUCUCAAUUAGACACCCAAUUUUAUUGAGGGAGAGACGGAGCCCCCUCUAUCUGCCUGUUUUUUCUUCUUUAACUUUUGCAUGCACAUUUCUUCUCCUUGUUCAAGCUAAAGACUCUCUCUUUCCCCUCUCCCUUUAGAUCUCUCUUUCUCUCUGUAUCUCUAUAUUAUUCCUUCUCUUAGCAAACUAAAGAACAACAACAAACAACUACACAUCAAAGCAAAGCAAGCCAAACCAAACCAAACGUAGAAGCAAAGGAUAAAAAACCAACAGCUUUAUCCAAUGGCAGUUGAAGCUCGGCAUAUGAAUCUUUUCCCAGCGCCUCAGUUAAUCACCAACAGAGAUUUUAUUAAAACGAAUCAAGGGAGUGGCAAUAUAUACAAUACCCAGGUGGAUUCUUGUGUUCCUUUGGUUGAUACAAUGCAAGAAGCUUCACAGCUUUUUCCAUUAUAUCAAUCCCUUGUUUGUGAUCCAAAUAUUUCAGCCAAAACUUCAAUCAAUAAAGCUGAUAGUGGCCUUACCUACAACAUGAAUAUCCCGGCUUCAGCUCCAAGAAAAAGGCCUAGAGAUUCGUUCACCAAUGGCUUUGAUUCAUACUCAGUUGCUCAAAAGAACAAUAUUUCCGGUGUUUCAUCUCUUCUUGAUGAUGAUGUCUUCUCCCAGAUCCAACAACAACAACAUGACAUUGACCGCCUCGUUGCUGAACAUACAGCAAAAGUGAGGUUGGAACUUGAAGAAAGAAGAAAGAGGCAAUCAAGAAUGUUGAUUACAGCAAUCCAAGAAGGGGUUUUGAAGAAACUGAAGGAAAAAGAUGAAGAGAUACAAAGAAUGGGGAAACUAAACUGGGUCCUUCAAGAAAGGGUUAAAAGUCUAUAUGAAGAGAACCAACUGUGGAGAGAUUUGGCACAAACAAAUGAAGCCACGGCCAAUUCCCUACGCACCAAUUUAGAACAAGUCCUGGCUCAUGUUGGCGAGGAACGCCAUGUGAGCGGGGAAGGCGCCGCAGCCGCGUUGGCAGAUGAUGCAGAGUCUAGCUGUGGCAGUAGUGACGAAGGAUGGCGCAAGGUGGUGCCACCACAACCACAUGGGAGUGGUGCUGCUCAGGAUAAGGUGGUGGUGGUUGGGAAUAAUAACAGGAAGUGUAGAAAGUGUGGGGAGAAAGAGUCAAGUGUGCUGCUGCUGCCAUGCAGGCAUCUAUGUCUCUGUACAAUGUGUGGGUCCACCCUGGUAGGCACUUGCCCUGUUUGUGAUUCUGUUACCAAUGCCAGUGUUCAUGUUAACAUGUCAUGAAAGUUUUUCUUUUUUUCUUUUUCUUCUUUUUAGAGUUUUAGUGAAACAAGACAAGAAAAAAAAAGAAAAGAAAUGCAAAUAUCUUUUUAGAAAUGGAUUAUAG